AUGCUCAGUGUCAAGAAAGGAAACCAGACAACAUUCUCAGAAUUCAUCCUUGUGGGAUUUGGAACUUUCCCUGAAUUGCAGCCUCUUCUUUUUCUGUUUUUCCUGAUGAUAUAUCUUGCAACAGUAACUGGGAACCUCCUGAUUAUAUUGAUAGUUAUAGCUGACCACCAUCUUCACACACCCAUGUACUUUUUCCUGGGGAACCUGUCCUGUCUGGAGACCUGUUACAGUUCAAUCAUCUUACCAAAAAUGUUGGCCAAUUUGUUUACUGGUCAAAAGUCCAUUUCUUUUACUGGAUGCAUGAUCCAAUUCUAUUUCUUUAGUUCUUGUGCUGGUAUAGAGACUUACCUCCUGGCAGUCAUGUCCUUUGACCGAUAUCUGGCAAUAUGUAGACCUCUACAUUAUACUUCCAUCAUGCAUGGGAAGAUAGGUAUCCAGAUCAUGAUUGGAGUGUGGAUUGGUUCUUUUCUAGCUGGUUGCCUGACAGUAUCUCUUUUGGCUCAGUUAUCAUUCUGUGGCCCUAAUGUCAUAAAUCAUUACUUUUGUGAUUUGAUUCCACUUGAAAAACUCUCAUGUAGUGACACAAACCUGAUUGAACUUGUAACCUUUUUCAUUAGUUUCAUUUUCAUUGUCAUCCCAUUUCUACUAACACUAAUAUCCUAUAUUUGCAUUAUUGCCACAAUUCUAAAGAUAUCUUCUGCUACUGGAAGGCAGAAGGCCUUUUCCACCUGUUCUUCUCAUCUUGUGGUGGUUUGUCUUUUUUAUGGUACACUAAUAGUUGUCUACUUGUUACCAGAUACACCCACUCUAAGACACCUCAAUAAAGUCUUUUCUGUUUUUUACACCAUCUUCACUCCUCUGAUCAACCCCUUGAUCUACAGUUUAAGAAACCAAGAAGUCCACAAAGCCCUAAGGCGAGUUGGAUGCAAAGUGAUACAUGUGGCAAGGAUGCAAAUUAAUGUAUUAUCAUAG